UAGAGACGCAACUGGCAGAGACUCGGACGGCCCAAGCACUCGUCUACACCUCCUUCAAUUGCAUGGGGCACCUGCCACCAGCCUCCGAGAGCGACGCGCUGCUGCGGCCCAGAGAAUAUGGCUCCACUGUCGAAUAUCUCACCAAGGCGCACUACAAACCACACAGGGGUAGCAGACGUGCCACGCGACUCUUAUCCCUCUUUAGCUGCUUCCAAGUUCUCGUAACGGGCCCGUGUUCUGGUCUUGGAGUGGCAAUUGCUGGUCUGUUAGUACUCGUGGGUGUGGCCUGCUCUACCAUUGCGCUGGUGGGCAGCUACAGUGCCGACGAGUACUUGUUCCUUGGAGCUAUCGCCUCCGGAUCCUUCACUCUGGUGAUUAUCGUGUCCUUCCUCACAAGUCCUGCAGUGCGGGCGCAUCCGAACCCGCUGAUCUUCAGUAAAAGUCUCGUGGAUUUAUUGCUGGCCUUGAUUUACGUGGCCGAGUACUGUAUCACCGAGUUCUCGGACUCUGUGGCUCUACCAUUUCGCAUCGCUGCUAUCACACAGGCGCUGCUUAUUGCUGGAGAGUUUUGGUUCUUCGCUAUCCCCAUCGACAUGGUACAGUCCAUCACUAACCCGUUCACUUCGUACGCGCAUAAUUUCAGGGUCUAUUGGUUUUAUUCAGUGCUCAGCGGUAUUGUGUGUGGCCUGGUACUAUGGUCUCUUGGAGAUGCGCAGGCAGAUUGCCUCAAGGCUGGUGAUACCAAUCCGGACUGUGAGAAAGUGGUCGAUGCCAAUGAACAACGCUUCAUCUGGUUCCACCACAACACAGACAUGCCAGGCUUCUUCUGGCAUCAAUGGAUACUCUACCAUAUGUGCGUUGUGGUGUAUCUGCUCUUCGGUCUUGCAUGUAUGGUUUACGUUCGAAGCCGACUGCGUCGAGGGCUGGAGGAGACGUUUGAAGUGCGACGUCGUGUGUUGUCGAAUGGAAUGCUCACGUGUGCGGUGUUUAUUUCGUGGUCAUUUUUAAUGAUCUGUUUGUUUGCGAUGACCAACACUGUCACAGUGAAAGCUGUGUUGGGAAAAACACUUUUCAGAGAACUCAUUGACCUCAGUGCGUUCAUGCACGCUUCUCGUGGCUGCGUUAACAUUAUCGUCUGGAUUGUGGUCAAUGCGCCGUAUUUCCCUUCGUAUUACGCGGAGGACGUCGCAGACUCGACGCUUCAGUCUCCGUACAGGAAUGGAGUGAUAGCCAAUGGAUCUUUUUCGCCUGCUGGUGACAGCUCGGGAUGCACUGAAGCUAGCGAGAUCAUGCGAGAGAAUUCUCACAAACACGAAGAGAAGCUCAUGAACCCACAGCUUAAUGUGGCAUUAAGAAAGCAGAUGAUUCACAUGGCAACGAAUGGAAUCAUUGAAUCAGUCCAGCACCAUCAUCGAAUGCGACGAGAAAACGGGAACAAUCACACGUUCCAAUUGGAUUGGCAGCGAUCUCCUCAACGUCGAAUUAGGCAGUUGGUGUCGUCCUCGUCCAUCAACGAUGUGGGGUCGCAGACGAUUCCUCCAAGAUCAAUGCCGAUUCUCCGUGAGAUGAGAAACUCGACGAUUCGAGUUGUGGAGGAGCCACGUGACAACCCGAGCAACAUGCCGUUUACGUUCAUGCCCAUGGCGCUGACAGAGAUGCAGUUCUACGACUUCCAGCCGCGCGUAUUCGCGUCUAUUCGCCAGCUCUAUGGGGUGAACGAUGCUGAAUAUAUCUUCGCAUUCCGCUCGACGAUCAACGAGCGCAUCAGCGAAGGUCGAAGUGGUGCGUUUGUCUUCAACACAUGUGAUCGCAAGUACCUGGUCAAGAGCACAACUUCGAAGGAAAAGAAUGUGCUGCUGCGAUUGCUGCCGACGUAUUUGCGAUAUCUCAAGUGGAAUCCUGGAACGCUGUUGCCUCGCUUCUUUGGUUUCCAUGCUAUGAAGAUGUACGGCCAGAUCUUCUACUUUAUCGUGAUGGGGAAUGUCUUAAGCACAACGGAAGUGAUUCAUCGCAGAUAUGAUAUUAAAGGCUCGUGGGUAGACCGCAAUGCCCCUGCAUGUGUCCUGGGUGAGAAGUACCGUUGCUCGAAAUGCAACCGGUUCUUUACGUUUGGAGGCGAACCUAAUGAACCGUGCUUUUUACCGGAUGAAGAGCACUAUCCCGAUAUCACAUUACGAGACAAUGAUUUAAAAAAACGACUCAAGUUGGACCCCGAAACGGCAGUCAAACUCGUGAAGCAGUUGACUCGCGAUAGUAACUAUCUCGCUAGUGCGGGCAUCAUGGACUAUAGUCUUCUCAUUGGCACGCACUACUCGCAUUUCACUAUUACGACAGCGUACAAGCGUGGAAUAUCCCGUCGAAAGUCUGUGGAGCUGACAGCAUACUGUGCUGACACUCACGAACAGAAGCUUGACGUGGAUCAUCUCACUCAUUUCUUGGAGAAUCGACGUUCAAGUGGAGACGAUGCCGCGUCCGAAGGAACGAGACCAUCAGAGUCUUCUGAUCUUUCCUAUGGAGGACGCUCGUCUGAUCUCUCGCCAGGACCUACACAUCCAGCCGAGCGACCAGUGUAUCCUCAGACCCACGCAUACUCCGCACAUCAAGUCUCAGGUCCUAGCAAGUAUUAUUUCGGCCUGGUGGACAUCUUACAGGAGUGGACUGUCGCGAAGCAGGUUGAGCGUGCCUACAAAGUGCGUGUCCUGCGGAAAUCACGUAAAGGAGUCUCUGCGAUACCGCCGAAGCCAUACGCUCGACGUUUCCAGCGGAAAAUGAAGCAGCUUUUCAUCACGAUGCCGACACAUCCACUCGAAGCUAAUGAAGAUGACGCGCUCGGUGAGAUUCCUGCGCAUCAAGUGUAAAUAUGCAUAAGGGAAGCAAUUGGUGGAGAUAACGUUGUUAUUCCCAUCUACUUGUUAAGUAUUGUCGUUUAGGUGCCGGAGACGAACGAAUUGUAUUGAGUCAUCCCAGGCAUCCCAGUAAGAAAAAUGCCAGCAAUUUUUAGCUGCUGGAUACUUUAUGUAUUUUUGUUGUAGGC